AUGCUUGCGUCUGGACGUGAGCUUUCAAAUCGGGCAGACGUCACAGAAGUCUUUUUGAACAAGCUGGCCCUCUUUUCCGAGUAUUCGGCGGCGGCCACUUGUGAAAAUAAUUUUAAUUCAACUGAAGGCACGAAAGUCGUCUGCGAUCCUGGGAUAUGUCCACACCUCGAAAGGACAGAUACCGAAAUCCUGACCUCAUUUCAAGGUCAAAAUCCUGGCAAUACAACUGGAUUUGUCGCCCUAGAUAGGACUCACAAAACCAUUGUUCUCUCGUUCCGCGGCAGUGAAUACAAAGGAAAUUACGACACCGACAUCGAUUUCCCUCAGGUGCCUGUCCCCGAACUCUGCGCGGACUGCAUGGCGCAUGAGGGUUUUCUGUACGCGUGGGGCAAUGUCUCCGCAGUUGUGCUGCCCAUAAUCCAAUGUGCCUCCAGACUUUAUCCCAGCUAUACGGUUGCUUUCACAGGCCACAGUCUUGGAGGUGCAUUGUCCACCCUUGGUGCAACAUUCCAGAGGAACGCAAACCAAACGGUAGACCUCUAUACGUUCGGCAGCCCCCAAGUCGGAAAUCACAGCCUGGCUGAAAUCAUUACCAAUGCGACGCUUGGUAUGAAUUAUCGAGUCACCCAUUCAGAUGAUCCAGUUCCCAGAAUCCUAGGAACCGAGAAGGCUGUCACUAAGCACUGGCAGUAUAGCCAAUCAUCACCAGAAUACUGGAUCAUCUCGAAUAACACUGCAAAUGUCACUCCCUCUGACAUUGAGGUUAUCAAGGGUAUCGAUAACACAGCCGGAAAUCUUGGACAAACGGGCUGUGAUUUCCAAGCCCACCAGUGGUAUAUAGGAAAUAUGACUGGCUGUAGUCGGAACGGCCAAUCGGGAAAUUCUACGGAGAUAACCAAAUUGCUGUGCGAUUUGUGA